GUAAAUACGUCAUCAGCACGUGAGAGGCGCAUGUGCGUUGGUACACUGUUCUCAUAUCGCUCAUAAAAUCACUUAAGCAGGUAGUUGGAACGACCAUCUGUUUCCUUCCUCCGCGAUACGACCAACCAUUUACCGUUCAAACUCUCUUGUGUAUGCAUCAGAUGAGAUCUGCACUGCACUACUCAAAUACAGCACUGUUGGAACAGUCUUAAGUUGCAGUUUGCAAGGCGUGGACGUUUUCAUUCCUAGCGGCAGUAAACAACUUGAAAUUUACCAAGUUGGUUUUCCGAAUCCACUUAUAAUCCUGCCAGAGAGAGCAAUUUAACAGCAGUGAUUCGAUUUCGUAAACCGAGUUCUCUGCCAGUUUGCGUCAGUCGAUCGAAUGGAUACGAAUGUGCUGAUGCUUCAUCGAUUUGACGAAGUGUGUUAACAUGACUGGGCUUGCCCGAUCAAUCUAGACUCGAACGUCUCAGUUGACGACAUCAGUUUAUACUCAGUGACUCGGGGAGUCUCCCCGUCAGCAGCCAGUCAGUCAGUCAGUCAGUCAGUCAGCGACUCAGUAAGUCUCAGGGGAGUGACUCGGGGAGUCAGCUAGUCGGGAAGUCAGCUAGUCGGGGAGUCGGGGAGUGACUCAGCAAAGACUUGCCAGAAAAGUUCAAAACUGCACCGUCAGAUUCACAGAGCGGCAUGGAUUCACCGGAGAACACAACGGAGGGGACCGAAGCUACCACAGGCGAUCUUGACGGGGAAAUCAACAAUUUGCCCUGGGACUGGUUCUGGAUCGUUCAGCUCGUUCUCGCCCUGGUAGGCCUCCUCGGUAACAGCUUGGUCAUCAUGGUCUACCUGAAGAAACUCCGGGUCCGCAGCAACUCCAACAAACUGAUUGCCUUGCUUGCCCUUGCGGAUCUCCUGACGUCCGUCGCCGCGAUCCCGCUCCCGACCCUGUCCUACGUGCCGCUGACGGCUGCAGGCAGAGUCUACUGUAAGCUCAUCCACUCCAGAGUCAUCAUGUGGAUUUCUAUUGUUGCGUCGGUGUUCACAUUGACUCUUCUAUCAGUGGAGCGUUUCUUUGCAGUAGUCUACCCAGUCAGGCACAAGAUCGUCUUCAGCAAGCCCAGACUGAAGCGCUUCGUUGCUGCUGUUUGGAUAUCAGCGGUCAUCUUGAACUGCGGGAGUUUUUACAUCCCCGACGUCGGUGAGCAGAACUUUUGCGUCCUUCUCUGGCCCAGCCCCGCAUACCAAGCUUUCCACGGGCUCACCCUCUUCAUCGUAGAGUUUGUCAUUCCGGUUGCGGUGAUGGUCGUGUCUCACUACUUCGCUGUACGGGGUCUUAAACGGCAGGCCCAGUCUCUCCUAGCGCGGAACAAGUCCAAGACCUCCCCGGCCUUCUCGCUCCUCCAGUCCCGCGGUAGGGUCAUCCGAAUGGUCCUGAUUGUCGUCGUCACUUUCAUCAUCUGUUGGGCUCCGGAUCAAAUCGGCUUCUUGAUCUUAAACUUCGGCGGUCUCUCUCCGGAGUACUUCUCAAGUCUCACCUACCGAGCCUUCACCGUCCUGGCGUUCCUCAACUCCUGCAUCAAUCCCGCCAUCUACAUCGGGCUGAAUAAGAACUUCCGAGCGGCUGUGGGGCAGCUCUUACCAUGCAUCAAGCGGCAGGUCGGCAUCAUGCCCGAGCAAGCUACGGGGACCUUACACCAAAUAGACACGGCUGGGCAUGGGGCAAGCGGUAGCGGGCAACAUCCCACCCCAGCACCCCCACCCCCAGUGCCAUACACCAAAAACGCACCGAUUUUCACUAUACAUCAACACCAGAAACAAACCGCCACAAACGCCUCAUCCUCAGGGAUAUGCGUCGAGUCGUGUUCCUGAACAAAAUUUGUGUUCAAAACAGGAUUGACCCAUUUCUUGUCAAACUUCAAAACAUGAUCGUAAAUGUCGCAGAAACUUUUGUGAAAUACAUUUUAUUCCAUGCGCACAAAAAUGGACUGAAAACAGUGGGUGACGAUUGACGCCAUGUGAUAACGUCGCGGCAAAAGUAGCCUGCCACAUUGACCCGGAAAGAAAGUCUUAUAAUUUCUUGAAUAGGCCUAGUUGACAAUGUAUAUUUUGCACUGGACUAUGCUUAAAUUAGGCUCGUGAUUGCCUGCAAAAUGGAGGAUUAAACCUCGAACCAAAAGUAAAGGAUCUCAAUCACGGGACAUGAGUUUCAUUUUCUCAACAGCCACAGAAAAGUGAAUCCAACAACAAUUUACCGUAUCUAGUCAGAUUUUAAUAAAUGGACGAUCCGUGGGUUCCAGUGUUAAACAGUAACUUAUGAACUUGAAGAAAUGACCAGCACCUCAUUGGUAAUGCAAGGAGCUGAGAUCAGAGCGACUAUUUCAUUAAACUAUAAAACCAACGACUGUAAAUAACUUAAUUAUUGAAUUGCGUCGAGUAUUGUCUCCACUAUCAAAAUGCACGAAUGCACGGACAUUUGCAUACACAAAUCUCGAUUCGUUUAAAUGAACGUUUGGCAAGGUCGGAAGACACCAGUGAAUUUUACAGUACUGCAUUAUAAUGUGAUGUGCUUUGUAGAAAAUCAAGGGCAAGAGUAGAAAGAAGAUUGAAUACUGUUCAUUUAAAAAAAAAAUCGAAGUAAGGAAGAAUAAGUCUUCUUCCCUUAACCAAAACAAAACUCUUUGACAGCUAUUGUUUGUCAAAGGGUUUUGGUACUGUAAAAAAAAAAAAAAAAUUAACAAAUGGAAAACUAUUAUGUGCCGUUUCAAAAUGUAAAAUGAGUCUUUAAAUGGAGAACAUUAUUUUAAUUGCAAUGCAUAAUCAGAUCAUGGGAAAAUUCGUAAAUUUAUUUGCAUAACAACCAAAGAAAUUAGCAAUCUUUAUUUUUUUUCUCGAUAAUCCUUCACUCUAAAAAGUCCCGGGUCAGACUUGACCCGGGAAAGGGUCAUGUGGGGCCUGACCCUUUUCCGUGUAAAAA